UGAUGUCAUUCUAAUAUCCUUUACAUUUUACAGGCAAAGUGCUUGACAUAUAAUUGGUGGACAGUAGUAAACGUGAUGCCUUUAGAUGAUUCGGAAUAAUUGAAGGACACCGUAGAUAAUGGAGAACAGUACUUCGAGCAGAAAAACAGGACAGGAAGAAAACACUGGGACCAGGAAUAAAAAUGACGAACAAAAGCCAGAUGCAAGACGAGUGGGCGAUCCCGUCUCCACACUUGGGAAGACACAGGAUAUGGCUGAUAAACAAAAACCUAAAAGUGCAGAUCAGGGCAAAGACACCAGAAGUGGACGACACCCAGGUGCUAGAAGAAAAGUGUACAAAGAGGACAGAACAGGACGUGUUCUCACUGCACAGAAGAUUCCAACACACCAAGACAAAGAAGCACGGCAUGCGUGGGACACUGGACCGAGAACAAAAGCUCAUAAAGAAGAUCAACAACUGUUACCCAGUUUGAAUACAAAGGAAAAGGCAAAAAUCAUUCCAGCCAGACAUGGACCAGGACACGUUUUUGGCCAACAGACGGAAACCAGACGUAUGACAUUAAAUAACAGAACAGAAAUAACAGAGUAUAGUAAGUAG